AGAUCUAAUGCUUGUUCCGGUCAUGCCUUUUUUAAGGGUUAAUAACACAUUUCCAUCUUUUUUCAGCUUUUUUUUAAUGAAUUAUUUUAAGGCACAUUGUUAAGCCAUGCCUAAAUAAAAGUUGGUGCGGGAAGAGCUUUUACUUUCGUUUUCUCUGAAAUGUAAGUGAUGGGUGUGUUUCGGUGUGUUAUUAGGCAUCUGUAUCAGUUUCUCCUGUUCCUUAUUAGACUUCCUCGUCCUUUUUUCUUCUUCAUUGCGAGGUUGUUCGGCUCUGUGGGUAAAUCUGACAGGUUUCUGAGACACGAUCGGAGUAUGGGGUAUGAGGAGGAAUAUGACUCGACAUGGGAAGACGACAAGGACCAUGAGGAGAACAGAGAGCAUCUGUUGCAGAGGUCAUAUAGUGCAUACAGGAACACAUAUGCUGCAAAAGACAUGCAAAGCUUCAGGCAAAGGUCUAGGGACAUCUUAGAAAUUCUUGAAGACUGGACAGAAGAUAUGAAUGAUGACGAAGACUUACCAAAUCUGCGAUUUUACAGAAAUGAAAACAGGUUCGAGCCUCAUGGUGUGUACAUAGAGGAUUUUCACAAGGACUGGUUUGGUGAUUAUGAAAAUCUGGAAUAUGUGCACUCCUUCAUUCAAUGGAUUUUUCCAAUUCAGGAGAAGGGAAUGAACUAUGCAUCACGUGAACUAAGCCUAACAGAAAUAAAGAUGUUCCGUGAGGAUGAGGAGAUGAAGAAAAGACUGUUGGAGUCUUACAAGCUCAUGUUGGACUUCUACGGCAUACAGCUGGUCAAUGAGGAAACUGGAGAGGUGAAACGUGCAAAAAACUGGAGUGAACGAUUUGAAAACCUAAACAGAAACACACACAACAACCUUCGUAUCACCCGUAUACUAAAGUGCCUGGGUUUACUGGGGUUCCAACAUUAUCAAGCACCUCUGGUUCACUUCUUCCUUGAGGAGACUCUGGUGGAGGAGACACUUCCACGAGUAAAGAAGAGCGCUCUGGACUACUUUAUGUUUGCAGUUCUGGACAAGACUCAGCGAAAAGAUCUGAUCAGAUUUGCCUUCAGGAAAUUUAAGCCCAGAGAGGAUUUUGUGUGGUGUCCUAGGAGGAUUUGUAAUAAAUUCUUAAAGGAAGAAGAAUCACAGAACCUCAAAUUCGAUGCUGGUCCUAAUGAAGGAAUGUCAAAUGAAACCUCUCAGAGCGAUCAGAAUAGCAGUGUCGAAAAUAAAGAAGAAAUUGAAACAGGUGAAGACACAAGUAAUAAUAAACAUCUUAGUAGGAGAAAUGAUGAGAAUGUGCCAGAUGCGUGUCAGGAGUCUGAAAAACAAGCUUCGCCCAUCCCGAUUGCAGGAAAUGCAAACAUAAAUAAAGAUAAUGAAGCUAAGGCAGAAGGUGAUUCUCAGCAUGACAGUCACAUAGCUUCAGAAAUCCAGAACGAUGACGCUAAAGCAAGAAAUGAGAAGAUCCCAAAUUCUGAACCAAUAGCUACAGCAAAGUCAGAUGAGAAUGGCAAUGAUUUUGCCGACCCAUCCAAACAAUCAGAGGUCCUGAAUGGUGCUAAAAACUUUGACGAUAGUGAUGAAAACACACAAACUUCUAAUCACAGCACCACCAGUGAGAAUGCUGCAAAAGGAACACCUCUGUUAAGAAGAAUCUCGGGGAGUGAGGAACAAGAUCAAGGAGAUGAAUUUGAGCAAGGCAAUAAAGAUGAGUUAAUAUCGCAGCUUUCGGAGAGAGAAGAUUCCGAAGAAAACCUGAAGAGUGGCAGUGAAUCGCUAGAAGACAAUGUGGUGAUUGGAAGUGGCACAAACAAUGAGGCAAAUUCUGAAGCACACCAAGAUGCGGAAAAUUCAGCAGAUAUGAAUAGUCAUAAAUAUACUGAAUCAGAUGGAAGCAUCGUGCAGAGUCCGCCAGGAGGAAGGGAACAGCAAAACCCAGGUGAUGAACUGAAAAGAACAAAAGCAGAAGAAGCAGAUGAGAACAAAAAAGAUUCAGUACAUCAAUCUAUGGAAGAUGAUCCUGAAGACAGAAAUACUGAUUUGCGUGUUUGUAAUCCUGUCACAUCAAACAAUGACAAAGGGUUCAGACUCAACUGAUGUUAAGGAUAGAGAGAAUACUGAAUCUGAAGAAGCCAUAGCUCAUAAGAGUGAUGAUAACUCCUCUCAGGUUGUUCCUGGUAAGGAUACAGCGACAGGAGAGGGCUGUAAAGAAAAGUCUGUUGAGGGUGAAAAGACAGAAACUGGCUGUGUGAGAGAUGGAGGAAAUGCAGAAGGGGAAAAUAUUAUUUGACAAGAGAUGUUUUAAGGGCCUUGCUCAGGGGCCCAGCAGGGGCAGUUUAGUGGCCCUGGGAUUUAAUAGUCCAACACAUUUACCACAGAGUUACCAUUACAACACCCUGGAUGAAAAAGCAAUACAAUACUCACCUAUUUUAUUAAACUGAACAAGAGCAAUUAACAGAAAUCUUUUUAUUUUUGUGCUGUGGAUUUCUGCAGAUGUAUUAAUAUCAGAGAGUAGACUAGUAGACUUAAUGUGACAGAAUGUAUGAUUUCUGAUGCUGUUAAAGAAUGUGUGUAAUAAACAGAGCAUGAAGUAAUGACUGUGUCUCCCUUCAGUGCCUCAACAUAUGAGAUAAUAAAAUAUAAAAACCCAGUUAGAAAAAGAUUAGGCCAUCGGGGCCUGUAGAAGUCGUGCUGCACUGGAUUCCUAUCAGAGCUCGCUGUAAUGUCCACCGAAAACACUUUGUGUUAAAUGAGCAUGAUACAGUGGUUGUAGAGAGGUUUGAUCAUUUAAUUUGCUAAAAUGUUCAAUUUCCUCCAGACUGAUGAACAAAUUUGACACUCUGAUAAAUAUUUCUUUUGCACAUUUGAAUGAAAU